UACUUUAUGACUAGAUUCCUGUAGUUUUGUGCAAUCAUCGCACUUCCGCAAAACUAUCUGAACAGCCUUCAAGAACAAGAGCUGCUCAGAGCAGCACAGCACACAGGUGUGCGCACCAACCCGGAAACACCACAGCAAAAACAACAGGAAUCCUCUUGCUGAAGUCAUGGAUAAGAGCAUUCAGCAGGAUUUUGAGAACCAGUUCAAUGAUGUGGUCUCUAGACUACAGUCAAAGAAGAUGUUUCAGUCGGACUGGGACAUUGCCUCGUUUGCGGUCUUCUUCAUCUUUAUAGGCAUGGUGCUGUUGCUGGUCAUCUUGGUUCUCAUCCGCUGCUGCUGCUGCUGCUGCUGUGAUGAGAAGCCAAGAAGACAGAAGGUGGGCAUCGACAAUUUGGGAAUGGAGCCGUGAUCUUCCAGAUACAACAGGCACUAUAACGUCUAUUAUGCCACCUAAUCAUUAUAUCAUUUCAAGAUUCAAGAUUUUUAAUCGUCACAUACACAAUUAUAUAGAGCAUAUAUAACCAGCAGUGAAAUGUGAGUCAAGUCCGGUCCAUGGAUAGUGCAAUUAUUAAAGAAUACAACACAGAUGAAAAUAUACAUAAAUAUAGCUAUGAAAGAAUGAAAUAAAAGUAUAAGAAUAAAUAUACAAAAAAAAGAUGUAUACUGUAGAAUUAAAUAUAGAAUGGAAAAUAAUGUGCAUGAAAGUACAUUGUAGUCUUAAAUAUUAAGUUACCCAGGGAGGUACAAGAGGCAAUGUGCAUUAUACUGUACUAGUAUAUAUGGAGGAAGGAGAAAGAUGUUUUAGGUAGAUACUUCCUUAUAGGGAUGAUAAAACCAAAAACCUUUCCCUACUGUGUAAAAACGCUGUUAAUAUUUACCCAGGAAAUCACAUGAUUUAAAUUAAUUGUUUAUUGUAGAUACCAGAUGCACUGCAGCAGAUUUUAUAAAGAUGCAUGCUCACCAGUUUGGAAGACAUUGGCUACUUAAACACUUUAUUGAAGCAGGUUAUAGCAACUUUCCUGGAUGGAACCGGUGCAGGCCCUUAACAUAUGGCCUCUGUUGAAAUUAACUUGUUUUUAGUUGUUCUUUGAACAGUGUUUAAUCUGUUAAAACUGGUCUUCCCAGAUGCCACUUAACCUACAAUCUCUUCUUCAGCCAGCCUUGUCCAAGAUUUAAGUGUUUUUAGUGGAUUUCUUUCAAAUGCUUGACUUUUAAAUCUGAAAUGUGUAUAAUACAGAACCUACACACUACAGAAGAUUAAAAAAAAAAAAAAAAAAAUGCCAAUGAGAUUUGCAAACAGAUAAGCAAUGCUUUACUUGUGAAAACUCUACCUUGGAAAAAUGAGGGUCAAUAUUUGUUUAACUUUUUAUAAUGUACCACAUUGUUUGUAUAGCUUUUAGACUUUGUAAACAAAAAAUAAAUAAAAUACAUACCUUUUAAAUGAACAGCAUAUAGCAAAUAAAAUGCACCUUUUAUUUAGACAUA